GCUCAUACUGCACGUUUCACCUCCCUUUCCUCUAGGGCGGUUCGUUUCUGUUUAUCUCUAGGUUUCCAGCUUCCCUCUCGUCCUUCGCACCCCUCUCCGCUGUUCGGUCUCUAUCCUACUUCGACUACGUCUCUCUCAAGCGCGCGACCCUGCUUCGAGAGCUUAAGAGUUUAAGAGCUUGACAUGUCUUUGGCGUCUUCUGAACCUGUUAGUGCUAGUGAUGAUGCUGGUGUUGCGCCUAUUGCGAUCCCAUCCCGCCGCACUACGUCGAACGCCCAGACGAAUGUGACUGCGAAUGACAACGAAUCUCCAUGCUCAUCUUACUCCGACGCUUCUUGCGUCUCGGAGAAUAGUACAUGGACUCCUGCGGGUGUCUACAUUCCCGUCCAUCGUCGUCGCGGCUCGAACUCAAGCUCCUCGGCACUCGGUAGCGCAUCGUCUCCACCGCGCUCUGCGAAGUUUGCGCUCCCCGCUUCGUAUCAUAGCACACAAUAUCAGAAUACUAAUUCUGAUUCUCCUCCGAAGCCCCAUGCGGGUGUGUACACACGGGACGAACUCCUCGCGCUCGCACCAUCGUCGCUCGUCAUCACUUCCCUUCGACCCAUAGUGACACCCACGCUCAUCACGGCGCAUCCGCGUAUCCUACGUGCACGUGGGGACGGAGUCGCACGAGCUCUUGCGAUGUCUCGUAGCUCCAGUAUCGACGGCAACGCAAACUUCGCCCUCAACAAUACGAUGGUGCACUCGCCGAUGUCGGUGCAAACACGUGUUGCUGGUGCCCAGGGAGGACAUGCACACCCUCUCGCGCAAACUUCUCCGAGAUACUACUACCCAUCAAAGAACACUGUUGCGUCAAAUGCACAACAACCAAACCGAAGACGUGACCGACGCCGCCCAAACCUGAAUCGGGGAAGCAGCAGCGGCAACAGUACUUCAAGCAAUGUUAUUAGUAAUAAUGUUGCUCCUGCUGACGCUGUUGCUGCUCCUUCCAUUUCCAGCGUCGUUGGCGCUCCCGAUUCGGAUGCGCAAAAUGCUGGUGCAAACGAGGAGACGACUGCAGACGCAAAUUCUGCCUGGCCCAAGCGCACCCGUAAUCGCGCACGUCUCCCGCACAGACACCGGAACCUGGAAAAUAUAACUGGGGUUAGCUCGUGGAGGGCGCCGCAGGCUGCUGUCGCCGCGUAG